AUGUCAACAGAACAAUUUAAAGAAAACACUUCGUUUGUUCUUCAAAAGAUCAACGAGAUCACUUUUGAACCAAGACCAAUCCCAACUGCAGGACCAGGAGAGGUGAUUGUCAACGUGAGAGCAACUGGUAUCUGUGGCUCUGAUGUUCACUACUGGACACACGGCCGUAUCGGUCACUUUGUGGUUGAAGAGCCCAUGGUUUUGGGCCAUGAAUCAGCCGGUGUCAUUGUAUCCGUUGGACCUGAUGUUACCUCACUCAAAGUGGGAGACCGCGUGGCAUUAGAACCUGGUGUUCCUUGCCGAAAGUGUGAUAUGUGCAAGCUGGGUAAAUAUAACCUUUGUCCUGAUAUGGCAUUUGCUGCUACCCCACCCUAUGAUGGUACACUCUGCAAUUACUACAAGCAUGCAGCCGAUUUUUGUUACAAGUUGCCCGAUCAUGUAACACUGGAAGAAGGCGCUCUCAUUGAGCCAUUAUCCGUUGGCAUUCAUGCCUCUCGCAGAGGUGACGUUAAAAUAGGUGAUAGAGUCUUUGUGUUUGGCGCUGGACCAGUUGGGCUUUUAACUGCUGCUGCAGCUAAAGCAGCAGGUGCAACCCAUGUAACUAUUGCAGACAGAGAUCCUACUCGACUGGCUUUUGCAAAGGAAUAUUGUGCAGAUGAAGCAAUUCAUUUGACUGGAGCGCGUAGAGUAGACCAAGAUAGUAAUGACUUUGCAAAGGAAGAAGCCGAGAAAAUCAUAAAUUCUGGAUUUAAGCCUGUAAAUAUUGUAUUUGAUUGUACAGGAGCCGAGAUUUGUGUUCAGAUGGCUGUUUAUCUUGUUAAAAAUAGUGGAUGUAUUGUUCUUGUUGGUAUGGGUGCCUCAGUGCAAUCCAUUUCAGUUGCUGAUGUUUCUGCCAGAGAAGUGGAUGUGAAGGGUGUGAUGAGAUAUUGUCAUACAUAUCCGACAGCUAUUGAAAUGCUUAGUUCAGGCAAGAUUGAUUUAAAACGCCUAAUCACACAUAGAUACCAAUUCAAAGACGCACUUGAAGCCUUUAAACAUGUCAAGGAAGGAAGACAAGGGACAAUUAAAGUUGUGAUUAUGAAUGAUUCACACUAA